AUGAACAGAUUAAAUGAGGUGAAACCAAGAACAGCAAGUAUUUUUGAGGCAAGAUAUGAACGUUUAUACACAUUGGGUAAAGGCAAUUUUGGUAAAGUGUAUCUAGUAGAAGACAGAAAAACAAGGCAACAGUAUGCUGUCAAGGUAGUCGAUAAAAAGACAUUUAAAUCAGGGGAUCAAAGACAACAUGCAUUAAGAGAACAAACCAUCUGCGAAACAUUUGCUGCAGGCCUGAAUCAUAAAAACAUUGUACGAGUGUAUGAUGUCUUGACUGAAAAUGACUUUAUCUAUGUUGUGAUGGAGUAUAUUGAAGGAGGGGAAUUGUUUGACAAGAUCAAACAGUCUAAGGGAUUGGCAGAGCCUACUGCCCGAAGAUGGUUUCGAGAAAUCAUAGAAGCAGUGGACUAUAUUCAUGAUCAUAAUAUUGUACAUAGAGAUUUGAAGCCAGAAAAUGUGCUGAUUGACAAGACGCAACGUAUCAGGAUUUGUGAUUUUGGAUUCGGAAACGUUGUCAAAGAGAGACAUGAAGUCUUGAGUACUUAUUGUGGCAGUCCCUUUUAUGCAGCCCCUGAAAUGGUAACAGCCACACCGUAUCGAGGUCCACCUGUCGAUCUAUGGAGUUGUGGUGUGAUCUUGUUUGCCAUGUUAACGGGUUCUCUUCCUUUCCAAGGUGACGAAAUGCCACAAUUGUUUCAGAAAAUCAGUCGUGGGCAAUACACAAUCCCACCCUAUGUCACACGAGAUGCUUCUGAUUUGAUCCAACGACUCUUAUGUAGAGAUGCAAGAGACCGUAUCACAGCCAAAGACUGUCUGUUGCACCCUUGGCUUAUGCCACCUACGAUGACACUCGCUUCACAAAUUUCUCGUCAAGAAAGAAAGUCAAUACGUUUUCAGAAGGAUCAUCUUUGA